AUGACCACUGCACCAUGCAUCACCCUGGCCAAUGCUCUUGCUGCUCGAAGUUCAGAUUGUAAUGCACUUAUCAGCGAAGUGAUCAGCACGAGCCAUGCUAACUGCAUCAUUGAGAUUCCUAAUGUGACUGGCAAAGCAAACCAGGGCGCCCAACAGCAACUGCAGCUGUACAAGUACCUCAUCGGCUCGGUACCGGACAGAGGUGGACGGCCGGGAGAGCAGCCGAUGCCGGCAAAGGAGACCUUCACACAACAGGCAGGUCAACGGGAAUCCGCUAGUAACCGUAGAGGAGGUGGCCGUGGUGGAGGUGGCGGCGGGGGCGGCGGUAAUUACCAACGAAAUCCCAUCCCACGAGGCAAUGACCGAAACUCAAACCACCAGCCAAGGAAUAUUCCCGAACACACAAACCGAGUGCAAAAUGCCGGUUGGCAACAGGGCGGUGGAAGAGGAGGAAAUAACUACCAAAACUACCGACAGUAUGAGCAGCAGCAUCAGCAUCAGCCAGAUAACUACAGUCAGUAUCAAGGAGGUCAUCAGCGAUUCGCGGGGUACAGCAACCAAAAUCAGUACUAUCCAGACUACAACUACCAGUCGAAUGAUUACUACCAGGGCCGUGGUAAUCNGCCAGAUAACUACAGUCAGUAUCAAGGAGGUCAUCAGCGAUUCGCGGGGUACAGCAACCAAAAUCAGUACUAUCCAGACUACAACUACCAGUCGAAUGAUUACUACCAGGGCCGUGGUAAUCGGGGUGGUGGCGGCGGUGGCCAGAACCGACGGUACUAA